UCGUGUGACGAUAUAAUUUAUGUCGUAAAUCAAAUCAUAUGCAAGAGAAGUUUUGACAGAGGUGAAAAUCAUGGGAUGGUAAAAGUUAAUAGAGAUCUUUAGGUGGUUUCCUAAACUUUAUCCAUGUCCUAGAAAGUUCAAAGUUAUAGGAGUCAUUCGUAUAUAUUUCCACAAUCAAGAAAACCGGUUCGCAAAUUCUACGGUCCACUUCUUACUGGAAGCAAGAAUCUGAUUUGCGCAGUUGAAUCUGAUUUACGAAUAGUUUCAUGAUAGAUCAAUCGCUAUAUUAGAAAUAGAGACAUUCCUAUCCUUCGGAGACCUAAUUGCAACCGUUUUCAUUUGUAAAUGAAGAAAGUGAAAGCAUUCGAGUGAACAUUCAAUUGAUCGAAAUGAUUUGUUUCAAAGUAUAAUAAGCAAACGAACAGGUGGAGCCUUUUCUUAUCUUUUUGACAACAAUUUUUUUCGAAUUUCGUCACUUGAGAAGAGAAAAUUCGAUACUCCAAUUGUUUGAAACUGCAACAAAGAAACAAAGUCGUUUAGAAGUUUUAUGCAGAUAGUUAUUAAAUAAAAGUCAUCAAAAUUAUUAAUUAAUAAAAUACGAAAUUAUUAAACUUCGUUUCAUAAUAUAUCGUACAAUUGCAUCACGUAACUUCGAAUUUUCUUAUGACGAGUGAGGAGGAAACGAUUCUAAAAUCGAAUUAGGCAAACUUCCAAGUAAAUUAUUAUAUGAACGACAGCCACUCGUUUUCAUGCCCGAAAAGGAAGUCGGAAAAGGAAAGGACUUUGAACGGAUAAGUUACGUUUGUGGUGUUCGAUCGAAUAGCGUAGGGAAGGUUCACGUAGCAUAGGUUGGGAAACGCUGUUCUAGUCGGCCGAUGUGGAUCGCUGGAUCGCCGUUUCACUCUCGCGUUCCCAUUUACCGAGCAACCGAUUGAGCCCUGUUGUCAGCGUCAAUGCGUUGCCAAUAUAAACGAGAAUUACCUGUCAAUCCAACACUGAUCUAUAUCCAAUACCAACCGAAUAAUUAUUAUGAUAAACACUGAUACGUAUGACGCUUAAACGGUAGAUAUUUUCCCAAUCUAUCGCAAAAAUAACAGUUGUUAGAAUCUGAUAAACCACAAUUAGUCGCAAGUUAGGUCAUUCAUGGAAUCUUAACCCUUUGAAGUUGGAUAUCGCGGUAUUCAAAAUUUGUUUUCACACUGUAAGUAUCUAUCAUUUCGAGUAGUCGGUACCACGAGAAAAAUCUGCCAAUCGCAAAGGGUUAAACAUUUCCUUUCAAUAUCUAAUCUAAACCGUUCCGUACAUUAUACUGUGUGUGUUUAUAGGUACAUACAUGUGUGUAGAUAUAUAUGUAUAUACUUAGAGCACGCAUAGUCACUUACUGUACACAAAAUGAAAGGUGGCUUUAAUUGUCGCCGCGGCUACCGAGGACAAUGUUCGUCUACGAUAUCGUCUGCCCCUGUUGCGAAAAUUUUCGUGCGGCUUUUGAAUACCGGGCUGAAAACGCGUGUGUGCAAAAACGAUGGAAAGGAAGGGUUGUGGGGGCAGCCACUAUCGAAACAGCCUGAUCGUGAUUGUGAGUAUUCCUCGAGGAAGGGGGUUCUUCCUUCCUCCGUUGGGAAAGAAAAAGAGAGUUGGAACGAGCUGACUAGAAACAGACAGCAAGAGAGUGAGAAAGAAAGGGAGGAGGGAGAGAAUGACAGGAGGCACUCGUUCACUACGGUCAGUGCUUUCUGAACUGUUGUCAGUGACAGUUCCUCGAUCAUGUGGCGGUGGAUCCUCGAUCACUGAUUCUCCUAUCGAUUACGUUUUUCCUUUUUCUAUCAUUCGUUUCCGUUCACGGACUGAGUUUCGCCGCAUUUCACACACGCUCUUCUCGUGUAUAGUUUCGUUCGACCGCGCCUUGUCUUGUUUUUACUCAUCCCCUUCUUCGUGUCUGGUCGAUAUUGGUGCUACUUUCCACGUUCGGAGCGUCACGCGUGGCUGGAAAAACUGGACGAAUCAUGGUGUCGACUAGCAGAACGACCUGUUGUUGGCUGCUGCUCGUCUGCUUCAUCGUACUUCUCGCAACUCUCGACAAUGCUGAAGGUACAAGGAAAAGAUUUCGCAGACCGGCAACCGCCGCCCCAUCGAUCUCGAGCGAUCAGGAAGUCUCAGCAAGCGUGAACAGAUUCAAGGUCACGCGAAAUCGUAUCAAUAAUAAGAACAAGAAGAAUGAAAUUCAGACUGGUAAACCGGAGGACUACAAGCUUGUAUGUUACUAUACAAACUGGUCUCAAUACCGGACGAAAAUUGGGAAAUUUUUACCCGAAGACAUACAACCGGAUUUGUGUACGCACAUCAUAUUCGCCUUCGGUUGGUUGAAGAAGAACAAGCUGACCAGCUUCGAGUCGAACGACGAAACGAAAGAUGGAAAAACUGGACUAUACGAACGAAUCGUGAAUUUAAAGAAGGCUAGUCCCUCUUUGAAAAUUUUACUUGCGAUUGGUGGAUGGUCGUUCGGCACUCAGAAAUUCAAAGACAUGUCCUCGACGAGGUACGCAAGGCAAACCUUCAUAUACAGUGCCAUUUCGUAUCUGCGUGAUCGAAAUUUCGAUGGCCUCGACAUCGACUGGGAAUAUCCGAAAGGAGGAGACGACAAGAAGAACUACGUUCUUCUGUUGAAAGAGCUUCGAGAAGCGUUCGAAGCUGAAGCUCAGGAGAAGAAAAUGCCGAGACUUCUUUUAACAGCUGCUGUACCGGUUGGUCCUGACAAUGUGAAAAGUGGAUACGAUGUACCAGCAGUUGCUAGCUACCUAGACUUCAUCAACCUGAUGGCAUACGAUUUCCACGGGAAAUGGGAGCGAGAGACGGGUCACAACGCACCUUUGUACGCUUCUUCGUUAGAUUCCGAAUGGCAGAAACAGCUUAGUGUGGAUAACGCGGCCUCCAUGUGGGUCCGUUUGGGUGCCCCUAAAGAGAAACUGAUCAUCGGCAUGCCGACCUAUGGCCGAUCUUUCACUCUCUCGAACGUCUCCAAUUUCCGUGUUCAUGCACCUGCCAGUGGCGGUGGCAAGGCUGGCGAAUACACCAAGGAAUCCGGCUUUCUUGCCUAUUACGAGAUCUGCGAGAUGUUACAAAACGGUGCAGCUUAUAUCUGGGACGACGAGAUGAAAGUACCAUACUUGGUGCAGAACGAGCAGUGGGUGGGUUUCGACGACGAGAAAUCUAUUCGAGGCAAAAUGGACUGGCUGAAGAGCAAAGGUUACGGCGGUGCCAUGGUGUGGACGGUUGAUAUGGAUGACUUCAACGGCACAGUUUGCGGUGGAAAUGUCAAGUACCCCUUAAUCGGAGCGAUGAGGGAGGAAUUGCUCGGAAUAUCAAGAGGUCCAAGUGCCAAGGACGUCGAUUGGAGCGCCGUGGCCAGCACUGUAUCUGAAAGCAUCUUGAAAAAGCCAGAACCUUACAAGAUAUUGGUCUCGGAUGUUAUCAACAAGGCGAAGAAACUUCAAAAACCGACAACGCAACUCGUCGUUAAUCCUCCUACCAAUGAAAGGGCAGCCCAAUCAAUGUGCUACCUAACAAAUUGGUCGCACAGAAGACCUGGAGCUGGAAAAUUUGUACCGGAAGAUAUCGAUCCAACUCUCUGCACGCAUAUAGUCUAUUCGUUCGCAACCUUGAAAAAUUACUUGCUUGCAGAAGAAAGCGAGAAGGACACGGAGAUGUAUGAAAGAUUGAUCGCUCUGCGAAAUAAGAAUCCUGACAUUAAGAUAUUAUUGGCGAUCGGUGGUUGGGCUUUCGGGUCAACCCCGUUCAAAGAACUGACCAGUAAUACUUUCCGUAUGAAUCAAUUCGUUUAUGAAGCCAUCGAAUUUCUCAGAGAAUACAAAUUUGAUGGUCUAGACGUUGAUUGGGAAUAUCCACGGGGUGGUGACGACCGAGCAGCCUAUGUGAAUCUUUUGAAGGAACUUCGACUGGCAUUCGAGGGUGAAGCAAAUAGUUCUGGACAACCAAAAUUAAUCUUAUCAGCCGCGGUACCAGCUAGUUUUGAGGCUAUUGCCGCAGGGUACGAUGUACCAGAAAUAUCUAAGUAUCUGGACUUCAUUAACGUGAUGACGUACGAUUUUCACGGCCAGUGGGAGAGACAAGUCGGUCACAAUAGUCCUUUGUAUCCUUUGGAAAGUGCUACCAGUUACCAGAAAAAGUUGACAGUGGAUUACAGUGCAAGGGAAUGGGUGAAACAAGGUGCUCCAAAGGAGAAAUUAAUGAUCGGUAUGCCAACUUAUGGCAGAUCCUUCACAUUAGUGGACAAAGAGAAAUUCGACAUCGGAGCCCCAGCCUCAGGAGGUGGAAUAGCUGGCAAUUUCACCAACGAAGCCGGAUUCCUCUCGUCUUACGAGAUUUGUACCUUCCUCAGUGAAGAGAACACUACGCUAGUAUGGGAUAGUGAGCAACAAGUUCCUUUCGCGUACAGAGAAGAUCAGUGGGUUGGAUUCGAUGACGAAAGAAGCCUUAUAAAUAAGAUGCAAUGGCUCAAAGAAGAAGGCUUUGGAGGUAUAAUGAUCUGGUCGGUGGAUAUGGAUGACUUCAGAGGAAGUUGCGGAGCUGGCAAGUAUCCAUUAAUCAAAGCUAUGAUGAAAGAGCUGCGAGACUAUAAAGUGAAAUUGGAAUACGAUGGGCCUUACGAAUCUCAUUUGAGGAAUGGGAGGUACACCACCAAAGAUCCGAAUGAGGUAAGCUGUGAUGAAGAAGACAACCACAUAUCUUAUCAUCCUGACAAGAACGACUGCACUAUGUACUAUAUGUGUGAGGGCGAAAGGAAGCAUCACAUGCCCUGCCCGGUAAAUCUGGUAUUUAAUCCCAAUGAAAAUGUUUGCGAUUGGCCUGAAAACGUUGACGGAUGCGUACAACACACGCAGGCACCACCAGUGUAAAAAAAAAGAGAAAAAAAAUAAUGGGAAGAAACAAAGAUAAUAUCUAUUUAAGGAUAUUUUUCUGCGGCUCGCGAUUAUACUGUAAAACGCGAAGAACAUUCACACGACGUUAAUUAGUAUAGUAACGUUAAUUAAAAAAAAAGAUCGUAAUUCGUCGAAAAAAAAAGCGGAAACACGAUAAUCGUUAAUCGACGAGAAGUUUUGUUAUCAAGAAAUCUUUUUUUAUUCGAGAAUUUUUAUUCCUUCUCCUUACUCCAAUUUCCCCUCUUCCCCCUCUUUAAAACUUUUACUUUUUUCCCUUAAAUUCUCCUCCUAUCUCCCAUUGAUUCUGUCUAACUAUGCGUUUCUCAUGUGUAUAAACCGCGCACUAUGUCCAACUACUGUGACAGAUACAUUUUGUAAAUAAAAAGAAAUGAGAUUCUCCGAAAAAAGAAUUCAUAUCUCGCUUGUAACGGCGAAAAAAAGUAAAUUGUACGUACUAUUAACUAGUAAUUCCGUUUUAUUUUGUAACUUUACAUAAGAAGAACUUUACAUAAAAAGAAGAUAAUUUGUUGUUCGUA